AUCGGCAGAUGCAUUUCGCUUGGUCGGUUAACGGUGGGGCGAAUCUUGCUUAGCUGGUUAGUGUCAAUCCAAUGUUCCGCAGGACAGGUGAAGUUUUGUCGUCACUAUCCCCCAAAACCUAUAUAUAAAGCAACGUGGAAGAUAAACGGUCGAUCACAUUCUGCUGAAAACCCAAACAGGUUCAUUUCAUUUCACUUCCUCGAGAGUUGAAAAGUAUGGCUACUGUAGGCCAAACGCCUUCUGCUAAGAGGUGGCUUCCUCUCGAAGCUAACCCCGAUGUCAUGAACCAGUUCCUUUGGGGCCUGGGUCUUCUACCAGAUACGGCCGAAUGCUAUGAUGUAUAUGGCUUGGAUGAAGAACUGCUGGAAAUCAUUCCGAAACCUGUACUUGCUGUUCUAUUUCUUUAUCCUAUCACCUCAAAGACUGAGGAAGAGAGAAUACUGCAGGAAAAGGAAAAUGAGAAAGAGGAUACUAGCAGUAGGGUUUACUUCAUGAAGCAAACAGUGGGGAAUGCCUGUGGUACAAUUGGACUUCUUCAUGCUGUUGGGAAUAUAAAAUCAGAAGUAAAGCUUGUUGAGGGAUCCUUCUUGGAUAAAUUUUUCAACUCCACUGCCAGCAUGAAUCCACUGGAGAGGGCAGCAUAUCUUGAGAAUGACAGAGAAAUGGAAGUUGCUCACUCAGUAGCAGCAACAGCUGGUGAUACAGAGGUAUGUUUUAAUCAUUUUGAAGACGGGAUGUGAAGAUGGCAGGUCUUCUGUUUUAUAUUUCAAAGGAUAUUAAUAACUUUUGAUACUGUAUCCAUGAUAAGUGACAACUUUUAAUUAUUUGACCCUAAGUUACAGUUGCAUCAAUUUUCUAUACAGAAAUGGUGAUGCAAGAUGGAAGCAGUAAGUUUGCUUGAUCUCAUUCAAGCUUAUGAUGGUGCUUUUAUAACACCCAAGUUAGACAAAGAACCUAGAAUUCACUAGGGUUAUACUGGAUUCCAGUUGGAAAUGAGAAAUUCUAGAAUCCACCAAAAAAGAAAUUAUUUAUUGAAGAAUAUAAAAUUUAUAAGAGUUAUCUACUCUGCAACUCAUUGGGUUUACAUAUUUCUAGUGAUUCUAAACCAAGCCUAGA